AUGUUAGAAAAGGAUGUGCCACACCUCUCUGUGAGCUGUGACAAAGGUGAGAAGAUGCUAAAGACAUGGUAUUUUUUCCUGCAGUGUUAUAUGUCCUUGAAGCUUGAGGCUAAUCCUGGCCUUAAAGUGAGGAUUACUCAGAAGAGGCUGGACUAUGUUAUGAGAAUUGGGAUGGAGCUCCUGAAGCAAGCAGUAUUGAAAGAGACUUUCCCAAGCUGGACUGGGCAGGAGAGUUUCUCAGUUGUUAAGAUCAACUAUGUCAUUUCUAGGCUCAGAAUUAAUCCUGUAGAUUUCCCAGAAAUUUCUGCUUCCUUCAUUCCUGGCAUUUAUCUGUCAGUGGCACAGGCUUCUGCUACAAUCAGUGCAGACUGGAGAAUACACACAUGGCUCAGCCAAGACCAAGGAGAAAUUGCUGUGUCCAUCUCAGGACUGUUUAUUGCAGUUAUCUCCGGGGACAGCACACGCCACUUGUCCACAUUGCUACACAGUUGCCAGCCGAGCACUGAUAGAGUUAAAAUCAAGUUAAGUGGAGGAUCUAGCUGGAUCUACAGCUUUCUAUCUGGUUAUGUUGAUAAGCCCAUUCAUACCAAACUGGAUAAAAAUCUAUGCCUAAAUAUCAAAUACAAAAUCCAAUUGAUGGAUGCACUGCUUAGAAAGCAUCUCAUUUUAAGCCAGAUUGACACCUUUGCACAAGUAGACUAUUUCCUAGUUAGUUCUCCAACAGUCUUCAAAUCACACAUUAACUUGGAUUUGAAGAUAAUUUUCUAUCCAGUAGUAAAUCACACAGACCCUCCCUUUGUGCCAGUUCCAUUUGCUCUCCCAAACCAGGAUGAUUCCAUUAUAUAUCUGGGAGUCUCCAAUUAUUUUUUUAAGUCUGCUUCACUGGCUCACUACAGAGCAGGGGCCUUUAACAUCACUAUCUCCAAAGAGGUGAGUAUGAUUUGUUUUACUUUUAAUCUAAACACUUCCCUACUCAGACAUUUUAUUUCUGAGAUUGCUUGCAGUUACACAGCAGUGGGCCCAGUGCUGCUGAGGCUGAUGGCUGUACCUCCUGCAUUCAGUUUAAAUGCAGGCACAUGUGUCCUACAGAUCACUGGCUGUGUAGAAGUGUUUGCUGUUCUGCCAAAUUCAACCACCCAGUACAUCUUUGCAGGGAAUCUAACAGGCAGUACCAGAGCCAAAUUGACUAUAAGCAAACAGAAGUUGAUUAUCUCAUUACUUCUGAAGAGGUUCCAGUUCUCCCUGCUGCGCUCCAGUCUUGACUUCCCUGACCAGAAGUCACUGGUGGAGAAUUUUCUGUCUUAUGCUUUACAGAGAAUCGUGAUUCCAGUAAUCAAUGAUAAGGACUAUAGCCAGUUCCUAAGCACAGCUGGUGGGAAGGGUCAUCUGGUUAUUUGCACUGAUGUUCACUACCAACUAGAGGGUGAGGAGGACUUUCACAGCCACUGCUGA